ACAGGCCAGAGGUGUUGGGGAGGUGAGAGGAUUCACCAGAGACAGAGUGGGGAGCAGAACAGGCAGACUUACUGAAAUACACUGCUUAGGGGAGCAGCAGGUAAGACAGGAGAGGUCUCCUGCGCCAUGUGGGUAGCUCCCUGCCUGGCCAGGGAUCAAACGUGUGCUGCAGAGGCUGUAUUGAUUCAUAGUGCAGUGCUUAACCCCUUGCACCAGUGGGGAGGCCCUGGAUUACAUUUUAACGGACAAAAAUAGAAAUUAUAUAAGGAUCAAGAGUAUUUUAUAGGAACUAGGAGUUUUUUGUACAUAGUAGAUUCUCCAUAAAUACUUCUAAAUUUUUAAAUAGAAAUAAUUGUGUCAUCUGAUUAUGUUUGAGCUAAAUGUCCAUUAUAACAAAUUCCACAAGAUUAUUCUAAUAUUUUAUUACUGUUUAACUUCUACAGUUACCCAUAUAGCACUUAGAAUUAUAGAGAACUUUUGUUUAAUUGUGUCUGAACUGGUUUGUCCUGUGUAAUAAUAUGCAAAGUAAUUAGACAUUUACAGUUUAUUUUGUAUCUACUUUCCUUAGCACAGGGUUUUCCAAAUGCUGGGCUUUUAUCCAGUCAGUUUGGAAGUUGGACUUUAAGCAUCUUCUUUUCUCAUAGGUAGUAGCUGGGAAGAAAGCAGCAGUGCAUAUUAUUGGUAUGACUUGGCUGUAGAGUAGGAAUUUUUAUAGUCAGAGCAGCAAUAACCACCAAUGUAUAAUCACAGAGCUAUUGAUCCCUAUCCUCAUGGCAAAUCUAAUCUGAUUAUUGAUAGAUGCACAGAUGGGUUGAAAAAACAGAGAAAUGCACUUCAGGGAACACUUAGCGACAGAAGACCAGAGUGUUCCACUUGUUUGGCUGCUGACGGUUGCUGAUCUCUAACUCUAACCUCUGUUCUAACGCAGGCUGUGUGCAUUUGCCUUGCAUGUUAAUUUAUAGCUUCACUAAAGGCUAUUGGUCAGUAUUCUUUAUGUCAUGAGGACUUUUAAUGGGGGAACCAACAUUUUAGAGUUUUCUAUUUUAAAUAGCAGGGUUCUUAGAAGCUAUAGAUGGGCUUAACCACUGUCAUAUCAAGCUCUUUUGGGGCAACUUGAAACCAUUGAAAACAUGUUUGCUCAGUUCUGAAAUAACUAAGGAAAGUAAUAAGGAGAUCAAGUUCAUUUUUUAUCUUUUUGUUACCUGUGGGAUCCAGACACAUCCUGUCACCCUCCCUUUGCAAUUGUCUUCUUCUCUCACCAGUAUUCUGCUAUUGUGACAGCUAUUGAGUGUGGUUUUUGCAUGUUUCCAUUCCCUUGUCAGUCUUUCUAGAAAGAAUUGUUCAUUUGACCAUUUUGCGACCGCGCUGCCAUACUUCCCGGAGCGCCUGCACCGGGGCUUGUGCUGGCCAGCGGUGCUCGCGCGGGUGUCUGGCGGGGACAUGGGGCUGGUGGCCGUGGCCUCUGGUCUGGGAUGAGCCGCGCUCUCAGUGGAGGCAGGAGAGCUGAGCCGGAGCCAUGGCCAGUACAAUGGUAGCAGCUGGACUGACCAUUGCUGCUGCAGGAUUUGCAGGCCGCUGUGUUUUGCAAGCCAUGAAGCAUAUGGUGCCUCAAGUAAAACAAGUUUUUCAAAGCCUACCAAAAUCUGCUUUCAGUGGUGGCUAUUACAGAGAUGGAUUUGAACCAAAAAUGACUAAACGGGAAGCAGCAUUAAUACUAGGUGUAAGCCCUACUGCCAAUAAAGGAAAAAUAAGAGAUGCUCAUCGACCAAUUAUGCUUUUAAAUCACCCAGACAAGGGAGGAUCUCCUUAUAUAGCAGCCAAAAUCAAUGAAGCUAAAGAUUUACUAGAAGGUCAAGCCAAAAAAUGAAGUAAAUGUUACGAUGAAUUUUAAGUUCUUAGCAGUUUAUGUAUAAAUACCAACUUUUUGAGACCUAUAUGAGGGCUUUAGAUCAUUGUAAGUAACUGAUGCAAAUAUAAAUCAGGCUAUUUGUAAAUCAUAAAAUUUGGAGAUUAAUACUCAGUUAUGGAUAAACAAAUACGAUUUGAAUAACAAUACUGUUCAUUACUCAUUAAAUUUUGUACCUACUUGAAGGCACAGUGUUCUCAGUAAGUUCCCCAGUCUUAAUGGGAGACCAAUAAACUGGCAAUGGAAAAAAAAAAAAUUGUUCAUUUGAGUAAAACGACGCCACUAGGACCCAAGAAGAUUCAGCUAGAUAGUAGUUCUGUUUUAUAUGUUUAAAUUCAUUUUCUUAUGGAAUAUUUGAAAUUACACAAAGGUAAAAGAGAAUAGAAUAAUGAACUUUUAUGUAACCAUCCUUUAACUCUAACAGUUACACAAAUUCUAUCAUAUUUGUUUCAGUUAUCAUUGUCUAUUUUUAUCCUGAAUUUUUCCCCUUGUAUUUAAUGCAAAUCCUAGAAAUCAUUUUGUCAAAGGUCGUUCAGUAUGUAGGAAAUAGACUUUCUUUUCCACAGCCAUCAUACCAUUAUCACAGAUUCUCAGUCCAUAUCUAACUACCCACUUGUCUCAGAGAUGCCCUUUUAUUGUUAUCAGGUAAAUCAGGUCAAAACAAGGACCAGGCCCCGCACUGCCGUUGGUCAUUCUUAAGUCUUUUAUUCAAUGAUAGACUUAAGUAUUCUUGACCUGGAGUCCAUGGACAAAUUCAUGGCUGUGCAAGGACCCAUUGAAAUUGAUUCCAGACAUUUGUGUACGUACUUAUUUUCUGGAGAGAGCAUCAUAGUGUUUAUCCAAUUUAAUAUGGUUGUGUUACACAAGGUAUAUUAGGAGCCAUUGAUACAGACUUUCUGGACAGGUUGAAAUAGUCUCUCAUGGGAAUGCUUCAGAAGCCCAUUUAAAAUGCAGUCAUUCUUGGGCCUCCCUGGUGGCGCAGUGGUUGAGCUCUGGGUUGUGAAGCUGCCCACAGCUCUCUAGUUCCGGUUUGAUCCCUGGCUGCUCCCCGGCCACUGGAGGAGGGCCCCACAUGGCGAGCAGACCUCUCCUGCCGC